GGAUUUGCUGGGUUUCUGGGCUGUGGGAUCCGUCAUUUGAGCCAGCGAGGUACCGUAGCAAUGGAGGUCGACAAGGAAGUGCAGCAGCUCGCGGUCGAGAUCCGCCGGCUGGGCCGCGACGAGACGGCGCCUGACGGCAGCGUGGCCUUUGGCGUCACCUUCGGCGAGCUCUUUGACGACGAGCGCUGCGUCGACCUCUUUGAGGCGCUCAUGGGCACGCUCCGCGCCGCCAAGCGCAAGAAGGUCAUCGACUACCCGGGCCAGCUUCUCCUCAAGGGCGUCAACGACAAGGUCUUCAUCAAGCUGCUUUAAGCAUACAAUCAAUACCACGAACGUUGUUGCAUUA